CUCCACAUAUUUCUCUCUCUCUCCGGUUCACACAUUUCCGCAUCACGUGAUAAUUCACUGAUACAUUUGGUGUCACGUGAUCCGGGUCGCUGCCUGUCCGGGGAAUGAAGCGGCUGCACGGAGGCGUGGAGGGGGGAGGAACCAGCUCAAACGUGGUGCUGAUUGCUGAAGAUGGGACGGUUGUGGCCAAGGGGGAUGGACCUCCUACCAACCACUGGCUGGUUGGAGUGGACAGAUGUUUGUCGGCCAUCAAUGAAAUGGUUGAGGAGGCCAAGAAACAGGCUGGAAGUGACCCUAGAGUGCCGCUCAAGUCCCUGGGCAUGUCGCUGAGUGGCGGGGAGCAGGAGGAAGCCGUGGCCAAACUGGUGCAGCAACUGGAGGACAGGUACCCAAACCUGAGUGAGAGUUACCACAUAAGCAAUGACGCCAUAGGAGGCAUCGCGACGGCCACCGAUCGCGGUGGAAUCGUGUUGAUUUCAGGAACGGGUUCCAACUGCAAGCUUGUCAAUGGUGAUGGAUCAGUGGUUGGAUGUGGAGGCUGGGGCCACCUGCUUGGAGAUGAGGGGUCCGCUUAUUGGAUUUCCCACUUGGCGAUUAAGACGGUCUUUGAUGCCACAGACAGCUUGAGACCCGCUCCACACGAUACCUCGCUGGUACAGAAGGCCAUGUACGACUAUUUCCAGAUACCUGACAGAAUGGCAUUGCUAACUCACUUCUACCGGAGUUUUGAGAAAUCCAAAAUCGCCGGGUUUUGCCGAGUGUUAGCGACAGUGGCACACGAUGGCGAUGCGUUGAGUCGCAGCGUGUUCCGGAGAGCCGGCGCGGAAUUAGCCCGGCACGUGCUGGCUGUGAUGCCGGUAGCGGACAAGGUAAAACCAAGCGAAACGCUGGCGGAGCUUUUUAAUGGAGUCCAUGGUCUACCCAUAGUGUGUGUGGGUGCUGUGUGGAAUAGCUGGGACCUUCUCAAAGACGGGUUUCUCGAGGUGAUGAUGGGUGCGGAGGAGCAGAGGGCAGUGGGCAAGCAGCAGACCAGGUUUUCCCUGAUGAAGCUGAAGCAGCCGUCUGCAGUGGGAGCGGCCAGUCUCGGUGCCAGACACGUGGGCUACGAGUUGCCGAUGCAGUACGCGGAUAACGUGGCGAUCUUCUACACGCACGGCGACAAACGCUGACACAGCAAGCCUGCCACCGGGACAACGCCACUGUCUGAAUGUUCAUAAAUGAUAGGAGUAGAAUUAGACCAUUCGGCCCAUCAAGUCUCCUCCGCCAGUCACUCAUGGCAGAUCUGUCUCUCCCUCUCAACCUCAUGCUCCUGCCUUCUCCCCACAAUCUAAUCUCUGUCUUAAAAAUACCCGCUGACUUGGCCUCCACAGCCUUUUGCCGCAAAGAAUUCUCUGGAUACUUUCAAGAGAGAGCUAGAUAGGGCUCUUAAAGAUAGUGUAAUCAUGUGAGAUGGGAAGAAAGCUGGAACGGGGUACUGAUUGGGGAUGAUCAGCCAUGAUCACAUUGAAUGGCGGUGCUGGCUCAAAGGGCCGAAUGGCCUACUCCUGCACCUAUUGUCUAAUUCCACAGAUUCACCACCCUCUAACCAAAAAGACACUCUUUAUGUCUGUGUAAGAAAGAACUGCAGAUGCUGGUUUAAAUCGAAGGCAGACACAAAAUGCUGGAGUAACUCAGUGGGUGAGGCAGCAUCUGUGGUGAGAAGGAAUGGGCGAUGUUUCGGAUCAAGUCGAGACGUUUCAGGUCUGAAGAAGGGUCUCGACCCGAAACGUCGCCCAUCCCUUCUCUCCAGAGAUGCUGCCUGUCCCGCUGAGUUACUCCAGCAUUCUGUGUCUUCCUCCUUCCGAAAGGAACGUUUUCUAAUUUAGAGGUUAUGGCCUCUAGUCCUAGACUCUCCCACUAGUGGAAACAUCCUGUCCACAUCCACUCUAUCCAGGCCUUUCACUAUUCGGCAUGUUUCAAUGAGGUGUCCCCUCAUCCUUCUAAACUCCAGCGAGUACAGGCCCAGCGGGCUCGUAGACCAAAACCACGGCAAAUUUGUACGAUGUCCAUUCAACGAUGCUUUUUCAUUCAUGUACGUUUAGUGUUCAGAGGUUUAUUUGAAAUCUAAUCAUUCAUUGUCACUUCCUUAUUAAUAUGAUGGAACAUGUUGGCCAACGUGGACAAGUUCGGCCAAAGGACCUGUUUCCACGCUGCAACCUCAGUAUACGUUCAAUAAACUAAACUAAACUAAAA